UCUGUCACUCAGUGGGCCGGCCAGGCUGGGGCAGCCAUGGUAGCAGUACUAAUCUGGAUUCCUCUCUUUGUAGGUGUCCUGGCAGGAUUGGGGGGCACUGAGGCCCAGCAGAUUACCCUGCACCCACUGGUGGGUCGUGUCUUUGUGCACACACUGGAUCACGCGACCUUCCUGCGCCUUCCUGAACACGUCGCUGUCCCGCCCACCGUGCGCAUCACCUACCAUGCCCACCUGCAGGGACACCCAGACCUGCCCCGGUGGCUCCGCUACACCCAGCGCAGCCCCUAUCACCCUGGUUUCCUCUACGGUACUGCCACUGCAGAAGAUUGUGGACGCCAGGUCAUCGAGGUCACAGCCUACAACCGCGACAGCUUUGAUACCACUCGGCAGAGGCUGCUGCUAUUGAUUGGGGACCCGGAAGGCCCCUGGCUGCCUUACCAAGCUGAGUUCCUGGUGCGCAGCCAUGACGUGGAGGAGGUGCUGCCCUCGACGCCCGCCAACCGCUUCCUCACAGCCUUGGCGGGGCUCUGGGAGCCCGGGGAACUCCAGCUGCUCAACGUCACUUCUGCCUUGGACCGAGGGGGCCGUGUCCCUCUUCCCAUUGAGGGCCGUAAGGAAGGGGUGUACAUCAAGGUGGGCUCUGCCUCACCCUUCUCUACCUGCCUGAAGAUGGUCGCCUCCCCUGACAGCCACGCCCGCUGUGCCCAGGGCCAGCCUCCACUUCUGUCCUGCUAUGACAACCUGGCACCUCACUUCCGUGUUGACUGGUGCAAUGUGUCCCUGGUGGAUAAGUCAGUGCCAGAGCCCGUGGAUGAGCUGCCCACCCCAGGCGAUGGGAUCCUGGAGCACGACCCCUUCUUCUGCCCGCCCACUGAGGCUACUGCCCGAGACUUCCUAGCAGACUUCCUGGUCACCCUCCUGGUGCCUCUGUUGGUGGCCCUGCUGCUCACCCUGCUGCUGGCCUACAUCAUGUGCUGCCGGCGGGAAGGACGGUUGAAGAGAGACCUGGCCACCUCUGAUAUCCAGAUGCUUCACCAUUUCACCAUUCAUGGGAACACAGAGGAGCUGCGGCAGAUGGCAGCCACCCGCCAGGUGCCCCGGCCUCUCUCCACUGAGCCCAUGUUCAACGUGCGCACAGGCCAGCGGCUGCCUCCCUGCGUGGAUAGUGCCCAGGUGCCCCUCAUCCUGGACCAGCACUGAGCGCCCUGCCAGAGAGCUGCUGACCCAUGGCCACAUCCCACUGGUUAAUGCUGGCUCCUGGCCCAGUUGGACUGCAGGCUCUGAACAAGCAGGGAUGAGGUGGGAAGGACCACGGGUGUUUGGAGUCAGGACCUCCGGAAUAAAAUACUUGCUGCCCUGCUCAUAUGUUGCUGCCCACAUGCUCCUCCCAGCGGCCUCCCACUGUCCUCACUGUCUACAUUUCCCCUUUGACCUUUUGGGAGUCCCCAAAGGCUGACAGCCUACUCUGGACUCCUAGCAUUUUGCUGUUUUCUCGAAUUUUCUGGAAGAGGGAAGGACCUGCUAUAUGCGACCCUCAUAUGAACCUGACCAUGAGAGAUGCCUGGAUCAUUAUGCCCAUUUUAUGGACAAGAAAACUGAGAACUAUGGAGAGUAAGUGAUUUUUCCCAAGGUCACAAAGCAAGCAGGUGGCAAGGUUUGGAUUCGAACCUGGCACAUCUGCCCACACUGCUUGCAGAGGACAGAGGGGCUUGCAAAGCAGAAGAUCCAGGCUCUGACCUAGAAACUUAGUCAACACCUGUCACAAUCCCUUGGAGGGAGUCCCUUUGUAGGUUGUGUUGAGAGAGAAGCCAAUAUAGAAAGGGAGAGAGGUUUGAAGGCAGGACAGAACGCCCUAGGUUUGAAGGCUCCUGGUGGCUCCUCCAGAGAAGGACCAGGUGCAGAGAAUCCGGCAGCCUAGAACACUUGUUGAACUGAGUGCCACCAGAGUAUCUUGUCCCCAGGAGCCCGGGAGAGCUCAGCUGGCCAUGCAGAGCCCCAAGGUUAUUUUUCCAUGUGGCAACAACCAAAGUGGGCCAGCUACUGCCAUCUGUGCUGCAUCCAGUCUCACGUUUUACCACUCCCAUGUGAGGGCAGGUCUGAGACCAAACCUGAGAGGCGACCCAGAUACAGGGGGGGACAGCAGAGGAGCAAAGACUCGUGGCUCAGGUUUCUCUUGGUGGCAACUGCAAGAGAAUCCAGCAAGAGCCUAGCACCUAGCACCCUAGCCGGCUUCAGCCCUUCUCCGCUGGGGGGACCCCAGCAUUCCCUUACCCACACACAUCCCGCCUGCUGCAGUUCUGGUCCCUGCCCUACUGGCAUAUUCUCAAAGAGGCCUCCCUGCCUGCCUUUGGCCUUGGGGCCCUUUCACAGCCCUCCUUGCUCUCUGAGAGAUGCCUCUCAGGCUUACCGUGACACAACGUGUGAGCUCAGUGAACGCUGGCUGAGGGGUGGCUCUAGGUGCCCAGUCCUUACCCACAUGGGCACAUACACUUGUGCCAGCUCUGUGCCUCUGCCAGCCUCCAUGAAUGCUAAUGACGCAAUGUUCUGUGCAUUAAUUAACUAGCUAAUGGAUAUGGUGCACUGGGGGCAGGGGCAGAAGAAGCUUUAGCGAUAGGCUUGCUCAGCCCUUUGCCCAGAGAGGAGGAACAGCCUCUUUAAGAACCAGGCACAAACUCAGACGGACACAGCCUGCCUCUGCUUCUCGUUUGCCGUCUCCUUCCUCCCGGGCCCAUCAUCUGACGGAAAGCACAGGAGCUGCAUGGAAUCUACUUAGACUGGAGGCUUAGAGCAGCCAGCCUGCUGCCUGGGCUGGCUCCCUCCACCCUGGCCCCUUGAGGAGGGGACGGCAGUCUCCCCAGUCACCAUCUUGCCCCUGCAGCCAGGCAGACCUUGGCCCUCCUCUGUGCUCUUCCUGUAUUGGCCAGAGACGAGGGACUGUGAGGCCAGCUCCCCCUCCUCCUGCUUCCCGGCCCUGCCUUGGGGUCUUGGCAGCGCCUUCCUCCCUGCUCAGCUCCAAGGAGCACACGGGAGUCUGGCUGCCUGCCUGAGAGGAAGUGGCCCAGACAAGUAGCCGGGAGGAUGGCGUGACUGCAGAGGACAGAGAGUCGUGCCCAGGCACACGCGCACGAACAGCCAGCUGCCCAGUGGCGCCCGGGGAGGACACAGUCACACUUAGUGUGCUCUGCCACUGCGCAGCAGCCCCUCCCAGGAGGGCAAGAUUCUACCCAGUGGUCCCACCCCACCCCCCACAGGCCCUGACCAACCCCACCUCCACCCCAAGACAGCCCCACACUCUGCCAUCCUGUCUCCCCCAGGCCCACGGCUGGGCCUGACAAGACCUGACGCACAUGGCCUGACUCUUUACACAUUUCCUCACCACCUUCAAUUGGCCAGACCUGGGGACACAGGGCACCACCUACGGCAGGCCCCAGCCCCCGUAGGCGCACUUCCCCAGAGCAGGACCCAGUCAGGGCUUUGCCGCCCUUCAGCUGCCGCAACCACUGAGAGUUAGUUCAUACCUGCCGUGGGGCUGUUGUGAGGGUGGCUCCCGGGGUGGCCACAAUCUCUCCAGCUCCAUUUCCACCUAUGCCUUCUGAAAAGUUCCCUUUUUCCCUGCGAAUUUAAGGUGGAAGCUUAGAUUUGCACCCUCCUGGAUACAGAACUGCUACAUAUUGCUACAUUGGUGCUGCCACACUGCCAGGGAGCACUUGAAAGUGCCUGGUCCAAACAGAUGUGCUGUAAGUGGAAGGAUGAAAUUUUGGGAUAUACCAGGUUAAAUAAAAAACAU